AUGUUCCGCCGUUUGGCUACUGUCGCCCCUCGCUCAGUCGGCACUGUCGUGUCGCCUCGCAUUACACCGGCCAUUUCCGGCAUCCAGACCAGUCGAAUGCUGACCUUCCUUGCACUGCUAGAUCAUUACAACAACCCACGCAACGUUGGUUCACUACCAAAGGAUGCCCCUGAUGUUGGCCUCGGUCUGGUCGGUGCACCUGCUUGCGGUGACGUGAUGAAGCUCCAGAUCCGGGUCGACAAGGACACCAGCAAGAUUACCGACGUCAAGUUUAAGACUUUCGGCUGUGGUAGCGCGAUCGCCAGCUCUAGCUACCUGACCGAGUUGGUGCGAGGAAUGACGCUUGACGAGGCCUCUAAGAUCCGGAACACCGACAUUGCCAAGGAACUCUGCCUGCCGCCCGUCAAGUUACAUUGCUCCAUGCUGGCCGAAGACGCCAUCAAGUCUGCCAUCAACGACUACUACACCAAGAACCCCAAGGCCGCUAAGACUGAUCUUUCUGGCACUGGGGCUUCCAUUCCCAAUGUGGAAAAGGCCGACGGUCCGACCGCCAGUCUGUGA